AUGGAAACUCCCAUGCAUCAUAAUACCAAGCUUGAUAAGGAUGAACAUGUUAGAUAUGUUGAUGAGACACGCUAUAGAGGGAUGAUUGGAUCUUUGAUGUAUCUAACCUCCUCAAGGCCUUAUAUCAUCCAAAAUGUUGGAGUAUACUCAAGGUUUCAAUCAAAGCCUAAGGAAUCCCAUCUCUCAGCUGUUAAUAGGAUCAUCCGAUAUGUGCUUGGUACCACUGAUUAUGGUUUAUGGUUUCUUAAGACUGAUUUCUUUCAACUAGUGGGUUUCUGUGAUGCAGAUUUUGCUAGGAUAGAAUUGAUAAAAGAAGUACAAGUGGCAUGUGCUGCUUUCUUGGAAAAUCACUCAUUGUUUGGUCUAGCAAGAAGCAAGCCACAGUGGCACUUUCAACAGCCGAAGCUGAGUAUAUUGUAG